AACGAAUCUUGAGCCUCGUAGCUAGCAACCACCAAACCUUUCCACAACAAUUUCUUCUUCUGCACUUGUAGAAAUACAAAAAGUCGCAUUAACUCUUGGGCUUUUGGUCUGCAUUGACAGCCAGUCUAACAAAAUCAUCUCAAAUCUCAAAAUCCGAGUUGCGCUUUCCUGAACAAAAUCCAGCCUCAUUCUCACAAUGACGCUCUGCCUUAAUCGCCUCACGGAGGAACGUAAGCAAUGGCGAAAGGAUCAUCCAUUUGGGUUUUCUGCAAAGCCUAUUCGCAACCCCGCUACGAACACUAUUGAUAUGAAGAUUUGGGACUGCGGCGUACCUGGCAAAGCCGGUACAUUAUGGGAGGGAGGUCUUUUCAAGCUGAAUAUUAUCUUUCCGGAUGAAUACCCAACCAAACCUCCAAAGUGCAAAUUCACACCACCUCUCUUCCACCCCAACGUCUACCCCUCCGGCACAGUCUGUCUUUCCAUUCUCAACGAAGAAGAAGGCUGGAAACCCGCCAUCACCAUCAAGCAAAUCCUUCUCGGCAUCCAAGAACUCCUCGAUACCCCCAACCCCGAUUCUCCUGCCCAAGCCGAUGCCUACAAUCUCUUCAAGAAGGACAAGUCCGCGUACGAGAAUAAGAUUAAGCGCAUCGUAAAAGAUAACCCAGCUCCUUAGGGGAAUCAGGGAAAUGCAAAUGCGACAGUAGAGGCGAUGGGUUUAUUUGGCGGGAAGUAUUGGCGUUCAUUGGGCACAUAAUUUUUCAAAGCAUAAGGGGAUAUCAAUACGGGCGUACCUAGCAGAGGACAUACUUUACUUUGAUGCAGCGCUUUGGUCAAAGAAAUUUACUGAGUACCCUAGAUGAGUUACAGUACCUAUUCAAUGGGACAUGACAUAUGACAUGGGAAUAUCAAUGAAGAAAAUGAACUUUCUCA